UUACAUAUUUUAUAGUUGAUUCAAAUUUUAAUUUACUUCUAAAAAAUGUUUUCCAAACUAGCCUUGCUCAUCCAAGGCCUCUUGGUCAUGGUUGUUUUGAUCUCUUCCAUGGGGGAAGCUAGGCACUUGGUUGAGGUUGUUACAAAGCAAAAUGGUGUUAAAGAAAAUGGCACUGCAACUGAUUGUUGGUGGCCUGGUUGGCCCACAUGGCCCGGUACCGGUACACCAAGUACACCUCUUCCAACUCCUGAAACACCCAGUUCACCUCCUCCGACUCCUGAAACGCCUAGUCCACCUCCUGUGGCAUAUUCACCCGGUCCACCUCCUGAAGCUGAAACGCCUAGUUCACCUCCUGAGGCUGAAACACCCGAGUCACCUCCUGAGCCUGAAACUCCCAGUUCACCUCCUGAGGCUGAAACACCUGAGUCACCUCCUGAGCCUGAAACUCCCGAUUCACCUGCACCGAGUCCAAUCUAUGUUCUGUAGCUGAAGUUUUUUUACUAGGAAAAAUAAUGUUGAUUUAUUAUUAUGUGAUGCUUAAUUGAACACAAAUUAGAAAUAUAUUUGAUUUCAUAAUAAGAAUAUAUUGCUAGAUUUUUUACUA